GGAGCCCAGGGUCCCCCAUGGGUGGCUGCAUGGGCUCCUCUGGUUACCUGGGACAACAGGCAUUUCCUCCAUCCCCAGCCCCUCCUCUUCCUGCUCCAACCAUCCGGGCCAAGAGGCCUCCCAAUCAGACCUGGACGGCUCCAGCUGUGUCCUGAGGCGCUGGACCAGCCACAUCCCCUGGGGCUGGAGUUGAAGCAGAACCAAGUGGCCAUCCCGGCGUUAGACCAUAGGUUCCUGGCUUCUGGAGCGGUCAGAGCCAGCCAGUGGGCAGCAGCUUUUGCUCACAGGCCCCAGUGCCCAGGGCGCUGGCUCUCCGCAGGGCGGAAUGGCGCUGCAAGUGGAGCUGGUACCCACCGGGGAGAUCAUCCGCGUGGUUCAUCCCCACAGGCCCUGCAAGCUUGCCCUGGGCAGUGACGGGGUUCGGGUGACCAUGGAGAGUGCGCUGACUGCCCGUGACCGGGUGGGGGUGCAGGAUUUCGUGCUGCUGGAGAACUUCACCAGCGAGGCCGCCUUUAUCGAGAACCUGCGGCGGCGGUUUCGGGAGAACCUCAUCUAUACCUACAUUGGCCCCGUCCUGGUCUCUGUCAACCCCUACCGAGACCUGCAGAUCUACAGCCGGCAGCACAUGGAGCGUUACCGUGGCGUCAGCUUCUAUGAAGUGCCCCCUCAUCUGUUUGCCGUGGCCGACACUGUAUACCGAGCACUGCGUACAGAGCGUCGGGACCAGGCAGUGAUGAUCUCUGGGGAGAGUGGGGCAGGCAAGACCGAGGCCACCAAGAGGCUGCUACAGUUCUAUGCAGAGACCUGCCCAGCCCCCGAGCGCGGAGGUGCUGUGCGGGACCGGCUGCUGCAGAGCAACCCAGUGCUGGAGGCCUUUGGAAAUGCCAAGACCCUCCGAAACGAUAACUCCAGCAGGUUCGGGAAGUACAUGGAUGUGCAGUUUGACUUCAAGGGUGCCCCCGUGGGUGGCCAUAUCCUCAGUUACCUCCUGGAAAAGUCACGAGUGGUGCACCAGAAUCACGGGGAGCGGAACUUCCACGUCUUCUACCAGCUGCUGGAAGGCGGCGAGGAGGAGACUCUUCGCAGGCUGGGCUUGGAACGGAACCCCCAGAGCUACCUGUACCUGGUGAAGGGCCAGUGUGCCAAAGUCUCCUCCAUCAACGACAAGAGUGACUGGAAGGUGGUCCGGAAGGCUCUGACGGUCAUCGAUUUCACUGAGGAUGAAGUGGAGGACCUGCUGAGCAUCGUGGCCAGCGUCCUGCAUUUGGGUAACAUCCACUUUGCUGCUGACGAGGAGAGCAACGCCCAGGUCACCACCGAGAACCAACUGAAGUAUCUGACCAGGCUCCUCAGCGUGGAAGGCUCGACGCUGCGAGAAGCCCUGACACACAGGAAGAUCAUCGCCAAGGGGGAGGAGCUCCUGAGCCCGCUGAACCUGGAGCAGGCCGCCUAUGCGCGAGACGCUCUCGCCAAGGCUGUGUACAGCCGCACUUUUACCUGGCUCGUGGGGAAGAUCAACAGGUCGCUGGCCUCCAAGGAUGCGGAGAGCCCCAGCUGGCGGAGUACCACGGUUCUCGGGCUCCUGGAUAUUUAUGGCUUCGAAGUGUUUCAGCAUAACAGCUUUGAGCAGUUCUGCAUCAAUUACUGCAACGAGAAGCUGCAGCAGCUCUUCAUCGAGCUCACGCUCAAGUCGGAGCAGGAGGAGUACGAGGCAGAGGGCAUCGCGUGGGAGCCCGUCCAGUAUUUCAACAACAAGAUCAUCUGUGAUCUGGUGGAGGAGAAGUUUAAGGGCAUCAUCUCGAUUUUGGAUGAGGAGUGUCUGCGCCCCGGGGAGGCCACGGACCUGACCUUCCUAGAGAAACUGGAGGACACGGUCAAGCACCAUCCACACUUCCUGACGCACAAGCUGGCUGACCAGCGGACCCGGAAAUCUCUGGGCCGAGGGGAAUUCCGCCUUCUGCACUACGCUGGGGAGGUGACUUACAGCGUGACAGGGUUUCUGGACAAAAACAAUGACCUUCUCUUCCGGAACCUUAAGGAGACCAUGUGUAGCUCGAAGAAUCCCAUUAUGAGCCAGUGCUUCGACCGGAGCGAGCUCAGUGACAAGAAGCGGCCAGAGACGGUCGCCACCCAGUUCAAGAUGAGCCUCCUGCAGCUGAUGGAGAUCCUGCAGUCCAAGGAGCCCGCCUACGUCCGCUGCAUCAAGCCUAAUGAUGCCAAACAGCCCGGCCGCUUUGAUGAGGUGCUGAUCCGGCACCAGGUGAAGUACCUGGGGCUGAUGGAGAACCUGCGCGUGCGCAGAGCCGGCUUUGCCUAUCGCCGCAAAUACGAAGCUUUCCUGCAAAGGUACAAGUCACUGUGCCCAGAGACGUGGCCCACGUGGGCAGGACGGCCGCAGGAUGGGGUGGCUGUGCUGGUCCGACACCUGGGCUACAAGCCAGAAGAGUACAAGAUGGGCAGGACCAAGAUCUUCAUCCGCUUCCCCAAGACCCUGUUUGCCACAGAGGAUGCCCUGGAGGUCCGGCGGCAGAGCCUAGCCACAAAGAUCCAAGCUGCCUGGAGGGGCUUUCACUGGCGGCAGAAAUUCCUCCGGGUGAAGCGAUCAGCCAUCUGCAUCCAGUCGUGGUGGCGUGGAACGCUGGGCCGGAGGAAGGCAACCAAGAGGAAGUGGGCAGCGCAGACCAUCCGGCGGCUCAUCCGAGGCUUCAUCCUGCGCCACGCCCCCCGUUGCCCCGAGAACGCCUUCUUCCUGGAUCAUGUGCGCACCUCUUUUUUGCUAAACCUGCGGCGGCAGCUGCCCCGGAAUGUCCUGGACACCUCCUGGCCCACACCCCCACCUGCCCUGCGUGAGGCCUCAGAGCUUCUGCGGGAGCUGUGCAUAAAGAACAUGGUGUGGAAAUACUGCCGGGGUAUCAGCCCUGAGUGGAAGCAGCAGCUGCAGCAGAAGGCCGUGGCUAGUGAGAUCUUCAAGGGCAAGAAGGAUAAUUACCCUCAGAGUGUGCCCAGACUCUUCAUUAGCACUCGGCUUGGUGCAGACGAGAUCAGCUCCCGAGUGCUUCAGGCCCUGGGCUCUGAGCCCAUUCAGUAUGCUGUGCCUGUCGUGAAAUAUGACCGCAAGGGCUACAAGCCUCGCUCCCGGCAGCUGCUGCUUACGCCCAACGCCGUGGUCAUCGUGGAGGACGCCAAAGUUAAGCAGAGGAUUGAUUACGCCAACCUGACCGGAAUCUCUGUGAGCAGCCUGAGCGACAGUCUGUUUGUGCUUCAUGUACAGCGUGAAGACAAUAAGCAAAAGGUGCCCUUUCAUGGAUGGGGAGGUGGAUUGGGGAUUGGGGGUCUGUCUCCAUGGAAAAACCCUCACCCACCCCGUUCCUCCAGCAUCACGUUUGCAGGGGGCCCCGGCAGGGAUGGUACCAUCGACUUCACCCCCGGCUCGGAGCUGCUCAUCACCAAGGCCAAGAACGGGCACCUGGCUGUGGUCGCUCCCAGGCUGAAUUCCCGGUGAUAGAGGCGCUCACUGGACUCCCAGCUCCCAGCGCUUUGCUUCUGUCCUCCCCUCCCAAUUACCAAAGACUCAAACUUCCAGACGGCGA